UCCGCUCGAAAAAGAUCUUCACUCGGCCACAGAGUGGUAGCAAUCGACAGGCAACACGCAUCCAGGCGCCAACGAACCAUUUUCGUACAGCAUCAUAGUGGCAGAAUGACUUGCACUUCUGCGUAGGCUCCUGGUACCAUGGGUGGCGCGAACGAAAGGAUGAAACGACCAUGACUGCACAAGAGUCACCUGCUGCAUCAUCGAAUGUUCGCGGUUGCCUCUAAAAGAAGAGCUCGCCAAGAUGUGUGCGGAGCCGGCGGAUGUCCAACUGCGUCCCCGAGAAGACUCGAGGAGCUUCAGGGCCAGGGUGCAGUUUCGGAAGUCGCAUUCUGGGCCACCCAAGAUGGAAGGAUACCUCAAAAAGAGAAGCGCCAAGAUCAGUCUAAAAUGGUUCUGGCGGAAAUACUGGUUCGUGCUUGAUGGCAAGUCACUGCUCUACUUCAAGUCUCAAUCAGACUACAACUCUCUGGGUACCUGCAAGGGGCUAAUUGACUUCGGGCUCGUGCAAGCAGUGCGGCCGACUCAUCACUCCAAGAAGACCUUCGCAAUGGAGAUCAUCACCCGGUCUGACAUCAUUCACCUGUGUGCAGACGACCAGGAAACGCGAGAAGUCUGGGUGCACGCUCUGCAGGGAGCCAUCGGCAUCGGCGAAGUGUCCUGGCCCUACGGGGUCCAGCUGGACAUCAGCCCGCAGCUGGCAGCUCUCAAGAACAACGAACGAAACUGCAACAUGUCUUCGAAGCUCAGCACCGGCUGGAGUCCAGGGCUGGGCGAUCGUCGUCGCAAAACGGCGAGCCUCUUGACCUAUGAGCACAUUCCCCUAGAAAGCGGAAACAUCGACACCGAACGGAGGCCCUCCAGCGAGGGCGCCAUCUACCACCAAAUAUCAUCCGACGACGAUGCUGCCAAACCGACCACUCCAACUAAAAAAGCCUCUUGUGGAGUUCUGCGCCGCGCGCGAUCCUUCAGCCUUGGAUUCAUGGCCAAGAAAUCUAGACUACCGAGCCUCUUCAGAGGCCGGUCUAAUACAAAAACAAGCGUCUCCCAGGGACAAAGCCAAGCGCGGGCGACCAUGAAGCAGACGACGCCUCGUCAACAAGGCAGCGAAAAUACAGACAACGAUGCUGCCGCGCCUGAGAACCUACCUUACCGGGAGAAGACUGCACCCAAUCCAGAAGAGGAGCAUCGGAUUACAGUCGCCCUGAACGUGAACCCGGCGUACCAAGAAAUUCCGAAGUGCACGUCGCUGACCGUCACCAGGCCAGAAGACACAGGUCAGUACGCGGAGGUCAACGACACCUAUUUAGCAAUGUCGGACACUUCCAGCACAAAGGGCGAGGAUGCUUCGAAUCAUCAAGACUUACAUCUUCAGCCCCGAAACAGCAAGGACUCCGUCGAUGACUUCUCUCUCCACAUCUAUACGGAGGUCCAGAGGUCUUCGCCGUCUCCUGUCCCGUCUCCGAGGACAGUGUUCUUUAACAGACCGCGGCCCGUCCCGGAUAUUCCUGACGCUCAAGACGAGAACGAGAGCUACUACUCCAGCAUCUCGGAAGAGGAUCUCAGGCGACAUUGGUCCCGCCGCCGGGGGACAGAGACCUCAGAAACGGAGACGGCAGAUGACUCGACCUACACCACGGCAGACCCGAACGACAGCGCUGAAGAGUUGGCCGAGAUGGACUACUUCGAAGACAACCCGCACAUCGUGGUGACCGCGGAGAGGCCACCGCGGUCGGUGGAAUCGCUCUCGAACGACGCCAUGAGGGAGCUCAGAGAGUUCCUGGAGUACCUAGGCACUGAUGACGGCGAGGGUGCGAACAAGGAAAGGCCUAGUGUCGCGAAAGCGAAAGAACUGAUUGCUCGCGAUACGGCAAACCAAACGUCGUGAUUGGUGCAUAGGUAAAAAACGAUCCAUCGAGGGAUGUCCUUGCAACAGCUGUCGCUCCGGCUGAAAAUAAACCAGUUUGUUUUCAUAUAU